AUGGUCAAGGAUGAUGAGAACUAUAGUCUAAUAGCUUAUGGACUGGUCUGUGGUCAACCAGUGUUGUCUGACCGAAUUGUGGGCGGCCAAGCCUCGCAGAUUGGAGCCUGGCCAUGGCAGGUCAGUGUCGGUUGGAAGGGGAGGCAUUAUUGCAGUGGGUCCCUCGUGGCACAACAGUGGGUUGUGUCAGCCGCUCACUGCUUCACACAGAAUCUUUUCUCAGACAUCACUGUGACCUUGGGAGCACAUCAACUUGCAAAUCGAAGCUCCAAAUCCCAGAGCGUUCCUGUCGCCCAAGUAAUCCGUAACAUAGCAUUUGAUGGGACUGGGACAAGAGGGGAUAUUGCCUUAUUGAGGCUCCAAAGACCCAUGAAAUAUACCCCAUACAUCCUCCCUGUGUGUGUGCCAUUUCCUUCGGCUGUGUUCCCUGAGGGCAUGGCGUGCUUUGUGACUGGAUGGGGAUACAUUGGAUUUGAUGAACCACUUCCAUCCCCUCAGACGCUGCAACAAGUCCAGGUCUCCCUCAUAGAUGUUGACAGAUGCAACAAGAUGUUCAAUGUGCCCCCAACUGGGUCCAAUCCUGUCACAGACGACAUGAUUUGCGCUGGAUAUAAAGAAGGAGGAAAGGAUGCUUGCCAGGGUGAUUCCGGGGGGCCCUUGGUCUGUGCCCAAAAUGACUCCUGGUUCCUGGUUGGCAUCGUGAGCUGGGGACAAGGUUGUGCACUCCCGUACCGCCCCGGUGUCUACACCAGAGUCACGUCCUAUGGCGAUUGGCUGCAGCGUUACAUUCCUGGCCUGCAGUUUGGAAUUGUGCCCAUCGCUCUGGAGGGGGGAGGGAACCCUUUCGGACUUUUCACUUCCACUCCUCUUGUCACUUCCUCUCUUUCCCUCCUCCUGCCUUUCUUGCAGUGGGAAUUUUGAGGUGAGGAGUUC